UUCUCUUCUCUUCGUCCUCCGCUAUCACCACACUUCUUCUGCUACUCUUUGGUGGACAUGGGAUCACUCAAGGACGUGAUGCAGCUGACCCCCGAGGAGGAUGAGGAGGCGUGCAUCUACGCGAUGCAGCUGUCCGGCGGCUCCGUCCUCCCCAUGGCCCUCAAGGCGGCCACCGAGCUCCAGAUCCUCGAGACUAUCGUCAAGGCCGGACCCGGAGCCGAGCUGAGCCCUGCCGACAUCGCCGCCCAGCUGCCCACCGAGAACCCGGGAGCGGCGGCAGUCAUGGUAGAUCGGAUCCUCCGUUUACUCGCCGCCUUCCGCGUGGUCAGCUGCACCGUCGAGGACGGCGACGAUGGCCGACCCUCGCGCAAGUAUGCCGCCGCGCCCGUCUGCAAGUACUUGACCAAGAACGACGACGGCGUGUCCCUGGCCGCUCUGGCCUUGUUAAACCAAGACAAAGUCCUCAUGGAGUGCUGGUACUACUUGAAGGACGCGGUGUUGGAAGGCAGCAUCCCUUUCAACAAGGCCUACGGGAAGACGGCGUUCGAGUACCCAAGCACCGACGCCCGGUUUAACCACGUGUUCAACGAGGGCAUGAGGAGCCACUCCACCAUCUUUACCAAGAAGCUGCUCCAGAACUACCGCGGCUUCGACGACGUCAAGGUGCUCGUCGACGUCGGCGGCGGCACCGGCGCCACCCUCCGCAUGAUCACCUCCGAGCACCCUCACAUCAAGGGCAUCAACUUCGACCUCCCUCAUGUCAUCUCCGACGCACCGCCCUGUCCAGGUGUAGAUCACGUUAGUGGAGACAUGUUUGAGACCAUUCCAAGUGGAGGAGACGCAAUCUUUAUGAAGUGGAUUCUUCACGACUGGAGCGACGAGCACUGUGCAAAGUUGCUAAAGAACUGUUGGAAGGCUCUGCCUGAGGAUGGAAAAGUGAUAGCGGUGGAAAGUAUUCUACCAGCAGUUCCAGAGCCCAGUCCUCUAGCCCAGAGUGUCUGUAUUGGAGAUCUGGUUAUGUUGGCUUAUAAUCCUGGAGGCCGAGAGAGGACCCAAAAGGAAUUGCAACACUUGGCAAGAGAAGCUGGCUUCUCAGGAUUCAAUUUCACCUAUGUGUUUGCUACCACUUGGGUCAUAGAAUUCACCAAGUAGAUUAGGAUUUCUAUUGUUGGCCGAUCCAUCCAUGCUAAUGCUGCUAGUAUUAUCUUGCUUGAUUUGCUUUGAGUUCCUUGAUCACUUAUCUACGAGAAUAAAUUUUAGUUCUACCCUA